AAAUUUGAGUCGAAAAUCCACUCUGUACUAAACCAUAAUCUACACCCUAACAAUCUGAUUGAAGAAAACAGCAGAUGAAGAUCCAGUGCGAUGUCUGUGACAAGGCGGAGGCGUCAGUCUUCUGCACCGCCGAUGAGGCCGCUCUCUGUGACGCCUGUGAUCACCGCGUCCACCACGCCAACAAGCUCGCAUCUAAACACCAACGCUUCUCCCUUCUCCACCCUUCGUCCACCAAACAAUUCCCUCUUUGUGAUGUCUGUCAGGAGAAACGGGCGUUCUUGUUCUGUCAGCAAGACAGAGCGAUUUUAUGCAGAGACUGUGACGUUCCAAUUCAUACAGCUAACGAACACACCAAGGAGCAUAACAGGUUUCUUCUUACAGGGGUGAAGCUCUCUGCCACCGCCGCAGUUUACACACCGCCCUCUGGCGAUUCUGUUCCGGACUUCAAGUUUCAUCCCCUUAAGAUGAAACCCGUCUCGGUUUCUCCGGUGGCUUCUAACCCAUCUCCGGUUGCUAAAAAUUCAACCGUAGCAGCAGCUAACAUGGCUGCUACUGGCGGAGAUAACCAGUUUGCAAUUUCAGAGUACUUGAUGGAGGUGCUUCCCGGCUGGCACGUUGAAGAUUUUCUUGAUUCCUCCUCUGCUCCUCCUUUUGGUUUCUGUAAGAGCAAUGAUGCGAUGCUGCCGUUUUUGGGUGAGAGCAACGUAAUAACUUUCUCGUCGAAAAGUUCGAGUAGUUCGGUGCCCCAGUCGCCGUCUCUGUCGAUGUAUCCUUCCCACCAAUGUUCUUCUCAAUUUGGUGGGCAAAUUGUUUCGAAGGAGAUUACAGGCAUGGAGACAAGCAGGAGAUGGACGGAUGAUGGCUUUACUGUCCCACAAAUCAACCCUCAAUCCAAAAGGUCUAGGCUUCUUUGGUAGGAUCAAAUUCAAGAAAAAAAUUUAAAAAUUCUUGUUCUCUUUCUUUCCUUUUAAAACCAUGCAUGUGGGUUUCGAUCUCCGAUUUGAAUUCAGCUUGAUGUUUCGUUUAUUUCUUCCGCAGUUUUGUUCAAUCAGUCUUUCUUUCUUUUCCUUUUUUGUGCUCUGCAAAUGUCAACGCAGACUUUCUCUGUAAAUAUCAGCCUCAAAUUCUCAAUCCAACCUGUAAAAUUUUGUUGUUGUCUCGUAAUAAUUUAGACAUUUUUAU